AUGUCAGCAGACGACUCUCCCUCGACUGCCGAAGUGCUCAGGCGAUUGAAAGAGGAAAUGGCACAGCAAGGGCCGAGAACUCACAAGGAGCACCAUGCCAUUGAAACCAGUCUCUCACACCCAUACUUACAAUCAGACACCAAAUGGGGGUUCGUCAUUAUCCGCGCAGCAUAUGGUCCGUCCAGCGAUGCACUGUGGGCUCAGUUUCUCGAAAUCUUUCGCGCCAAUGUCGAGGAGACUUUGCGACUGGAAGAAGAGCUAGAUUUACUUCCACGUCACGAGAUCACGAUUAUUGAAGAUGAAACAACACUUGCUGGUGCAGACUCGUACGCCGCACGCCGCGCAUUCCGCGCCUGGGUAGCCAAUGACUUGCCUCAGCGGCUCCGCGGCUCGUACCUGGAAGAGUUGGGCGGACUCACGCAGGUUCGCGAGAAGUUACUCAGCAAUGAUGCACACAACGCACCUGGCACAACACAUCCUGCGAGUCUCGUGCCGCCUCGAUGGAAAUACUGCAUCUUCGUGGAUCAAGAUUGCUUGCGCUCGGUGGCAAAAGGGCCCGAGGAGCCCGAGUUGAAAGACCCAGCCAUGAAGAUUCUGACUACGGACUGGGAGCGAGAUGAAGUAGAGGUGCCCAUUGAGGAAUUUACGAGGGAUUGGGAUGGCGGCGAGACGAAUGAUGAUGCUGAAGAGGUUGGGUGGAUGUACAUGGACAUGACGGAUUAUGUUACCGUGUAUGAUCGUUUGACUGGUACAUUCGCUUGGGAAGAGUAUUACCAGCGGCCGUACAAAAGCUAUGUGGAUGAUUCGGAUUCAGAUUCGGAGUGA